AGAAAAGCCGACCUCUCUUCACCUUCCUGGGAGGUGUCCAGCCCCCUGCCCAACUGGCAUGGCACAGGUCCCUCAAUGCCCCUGCACCUGCAGAACCUCUCCUUGCUGAGAAAGAUCCAGACCCUGCCACUGUCCACGCUCCCCUUUCCCUGGUCCAACCCAGAGCUGGUGCAUGGCAGUCCUGAGACCACACUAACUAACACUGAGGUGCCUGGGCCGGCUAUCAGGGCAGGCCUGACACCCAGUCACCCACCCACCCCAGACACUGGUCCCGGAGCUUGCUAGACAAGUUUGGACGUACCUGCCCCAAGAGGAUGGGGCAGAAAAAGAACAAGGUCACUGAGGGCCUGGCCCUGAAUGUCCCUCAGAGCACACCACCUGACAUCAGCCACCUGUCUCCCUCCAAUAAGGAGACCCUCACGGUCACUCUGCAUGGGGCUAUCAACCUCCCUACGUGUGCGGACGGCUCGGAGCCAUCUCCCUACGUGGUGGUGAAAACCACAUCUGAGGAAAACAACAAACAGAGCUCCACGGCGGUCACUUCUGUGACCUCAGAGCCCACCCGAAACCCCAUCUGGGGAGACUCAGUGCAAGUGGAGAUCCCCGCAGAGGACAUGGGACGAGAAGAUGUGGUCCUCAAAGUGGUGGACAAUAAGAAGAAAGAGGAGCUCUUGUCUUAUGAGAUCCCCAUCAAGUACUUGCGUGUCUUCCACCCCUACCACUUUGAGCUGGGAAAGACUGAGGAUUCCAACAAAGCCACUGCCAAGACCCAGCUGUACGUGACCAUCGUUCGAAAAGGCAGCUUCAUCCCCCGCUACAUUGGCUGUGACCACACAGCUCUGGAGGUCUUUCUCGGGGGAGUCAAUGAGCCUCUGCUCAACAACUCCAACCCCAUGGUAGUGAUUGCCCAAGUGGUUCCCAGCCUCAGGGAAUUUAAGGGGACCCAGGCAAGCCGGGACCCAGCCUCCAGGAGGCUCCCCAUCAGUCCACUGUCCUUCCCUAUCUCAUCAGUGUUGAACUUCGAUGUGCCCCAGGUCAGCCAGUACGGGUGCCCACAGCUGUCCAAGCCUGGGGGGCCCCCAGAGCUGCCAAUAUGGAACCAGUCUUUCCUCUUCCAAGGCCGAGAUGGUGCCACCAACUUCUCAGAGGACACAGCCCUGGUGUUGGAGUACUACCCCUCCACUUCAGCCCAGGGCAGCACACCGUGGACCCUCAGCCAGCCCCUAGGCAUCUCCGUGCUGCCGCUGAAGAGCCGUCUAUACCGCAAGAUGCUCACAGGGAAAGGCUUGAAUGGGCUGCAUGUUGAGCGGCUUCCCAUCACUGAUACCACCCUGAAAACCAUCAAUGGUGAGGCACCCACAGUAGACCUCUCCUUCCAGCUGCUUUCCUCUGAGAGGCCAGAAAACUUCUUGACACCCAACAACAGCAAGACUCUGCCUACUCUGGAUGCCAAGAUCCUAGAUGAGAAGCUGGGUACCAUUCGAGAGUCCUGGUCCAAGGACACCAUGAGCUCAAUGGACUCCAGUGUGUCCUCCUCUAAGGAAGUGGAGGAAGAGCCCCAGAUGCCAGAGACCAUGUCACGUGAUGCAGAAAUGAACAACUACCGGCGGGCCAUGCAGAGGAUGGCAGAGGAUAUCUUGUCACUGCGGAAACAGGCCAGCCUCUUAGAGGGGGAGAACCAGGUGCUAAGAAGCCGCCUGGCCCAGCAGGAGGUGGAAGAGAACAAGGCUGAUGAGACGCAGGACUUGGCAAUGUCCAUGACGCAGCAUCUGCUGCUCAGUGAGCUGGACGCGAAGAAACUGAGGGGCAAGGUGCAGCACCUGCAGAAUGAGCUGAUUCGGAAGAAUGACAGAGAAAAGGAGCUGCUGGUGCGGUGUCAGGCGCAGCAGCCAAAGGCUGCCCUGCUGAGGCAGUACCAGGACAAGCUGCGGAAGAUAGAGGUGCUGGAGGACACCGUGCGACACCAGGAGAAGGUGAUAGAGAAGAUGGAGCAGCUGCUGGAGGAGAGGCUGCUGUGGGAGAGGAAGAAGCCUGCGCUGUCCAGCAGGCCACUGGGGAAGCCCCACCCUGGCCUUCCCAUGCCCGCAGCCCCUGGCCUCCAGCUGGGUUCCACAGGAGAGAAUUUGCCUGUUGACCUUUACUCAGUGAUACUGGCAGAAAACUCAAGGCUCCGGGCUGAGCUGGAAAAGAACUUCCACCAAUCAGCCCCAAUCAUCCUGCAGCAGCAGGCUCUGCCGGAUCUCCUUGCCAGUACUACAGACAAGUUUAACCUCAUGGCCAAGCUGGAGCAGGCUCAGAGCAGGAUCUUGUCCCUGGAAAGCCAGUUAGAGAAUUCAGCCCGACGCUGGGGCCGAGAGAAGCAGAACCUGGCCACUCGGUUACUAGAGCAAGAACAUGGUUUUGGGCGCCCCCCAAACCUCAUCACAGACCAGCCUAAUGCCUCGACCCAUGCCAAGGAUCUCAAGCAGACCUCAAAACAGGAAGUUUUGCUGCCCAUCUCAGACCCCAAGCCCAGCCAGCCCUGAGACACACAGGUGGAAACCUCUACCUCCCAACACACCUGAGCCCCACAGAGGCCUCCUCCUUCCCUGGGCACUGGGCAGUCUCACCCCAGCCCCUAAAGAUGACUUUAUUAAAU